AUGGCAUCUGAAACUCCCCAGGAUUUGCCUGUGCGGCCUGCUGCUGAAGCGCAGACUAAGAACGCCUCUGAAGCUGCCAGUGCCCCCCAAAAAGAUGCGAAAGCGAAAUCCAAGCAGGCCGCGAGCCCCGAUACCCUCCCAGAAUUCAUGAUUGAGCGAAACAAUCUCUUCGAGGAACUUUGGCAACAGCAUCUUGAGGAGACCAAGAACCGUCCCCACCCAGAGAUCACCGUCACCCUUGACAUAGGCGACGGCAACCCCCCCUCCUCGUUCCCCGCCAAAGCCUUCGAGACCACUCCUGGAUCUUUCCUGCGUGAUGUGCCCAAGGAUCUCAGCGCUGAAAUUGUUAUCUCCAAGGUUGAUGGAGAGUUGUGGGAUUUGAACCGGCCUCUGGAGAAGGACUGUAAUGUGCUCCUUGUGCCAUUUAGCAACCCCGAGGCCCGUGAGGUAUUCUGGCACUCCAGUGCUCACACUCUGGGCGAGGCGUGCGAAAAUGAGUACCACUGUCUGCUCUCACACGGCCCUCCUACAAAUCAAGGCUUCUUCUAUGAUAUGGCCAUGCCCGACGGACGCGUUGUCCGUGAGACUGACUGGAAGGCGCUUGACACCAAGGCGGCACGUAUCUUCAAGGAGAAGCAAAGCUUCGACCGGUUGGAGGUUUCCAAAGAGAAUCUCAAGAAGAUGUUCGCAUACAGCAAAUAUAAGCUACACUAUAUCGACAAGCUUGUCACCGGCGAGAGUAGCACCGUUUACCGUUGCGGUACUCUUGUUGAUCUCUGCCGAGGCCCUCACAUCCAGAACACCGGCAAAAUCAAGACCUUCAAGAUCAUGCAGAACUCAUCGGCCUACUUCCUUGGCGAUCAGUCCAACGACUCUCUGCAGCGUAUUCGUGGUGUUGCCUUCCCCGACAAGAAGCAGAUGGCUGAGCACUUGAAGUUUUUAGAGGAAGCCGAGAAGCGGAACCACCUGAAAAUUGGUAAGGAGCAAGAGCUUUUCUUCUUCGAUGAGGUGUCUCCCGGCUGCCCAUUCCUUCUCCCCAACGGAACCAAGAUCUUGAACCAGAUUCAGUCUCUUCUACGUUCUGAAUACCGCAAGCGCGGCUACCAAGAGGUUCAGACCCCUAACAUGUACGACGUUAGCAUCUGGAAGACUUCCGGACACUGGGCCCACUACAAGGAUGAUAUGUUCAAGUUGGAUGUCGAGAAGCGCGAGUGGGCUCUCAAGCCCAUGAACUGCCCUGGACACUUCGCUCUGUUCGCCCACCGUGAACGUAGCUACCGCGAGCUUCCUAUGCGCAUUGCUGACUUCGGUGUCCUGCACCGCAACGAGGCUUCCGGGGCACUUAGCGGAUUGACGAGAGUGCGCAGAUUCUGUCAAGAUGAUGGUCACAUAAUCGUUCAGAAAUCGCAAAUUAUGUCCGAAGUAGAGGGUCUGUUCGAUUUCUUGCAGUCCAUCUAUGGGCUGUUUGGAUUCACGUUCAAUUUGAAGCUGUCCACCCGCCCAGAGAAGUACAUGGGGUCGUUGGAGACCUGGGAUCACGCCGAGGACCAGCUCAAGAAGGCCUUAACCAAGUUUAAGGGUAACGAUUGGACCAUUAACGAGGGUGACGGUGCCUUCUACGGACCUAAGAUUGACAUCACUAUUGCGGAUGCUCUCAAGCGUGAAUUCCAAUGCGCGACCAUCCAGCUGGACUAUCAGGCUCCAUUGAACUUCAAGCUGGAGUAUCAGACCAACGAAAACCUGGAGAAGAACACCGGGGAGGGUGCAAGUGAGGGCGAGGCCAAGUCCGACGACCUGCCCCCCGGUCGCGCCCGCCCUGUUGUCAUUCACCGUGCUAUUAUUGGUAGCUUUGAGCGGUUCCUGGGUAUUUUGAUCGAGCACUUUGGUGGCAAGUGGCCGUUCUGGAUCAGUCCACGCCAGGUCCUCAUUGUGCCGGUGAUGCCAGCUCUGAACGACUACGCCGAGGAACUGCAGCGCAUCCUGCGUGGUGACAAGUUGAAUGUGGACGUGGACGUCAGUGGCAACACCCUGCAGAAGAAGAUCCGCACUGGCCAGCUGGCCCAGUACAACUUCAUAUUUGUUGUGGGUGCCCAGGAGAAGGAGUCACGCACUGUCAACAUUCGCAACCGUGAUGAUCCUGCGACCCAAAACAAGGGUAUCAUGGUCCCCCUGGAGGAGGCGCGGCUCAAGCUCCGGGCACUGCGCAAGGAGCGUCGGCUGGAGAACACUUUGUAG